AUGACUAUGAAUGGAUAUUUCAGCAUGGAAUAAAAAUCACCAAAAUAUCACGUUCUUGAUCAUGUCAUUUAGAUUCAAAGAAGUUGUGUGAUAAACAUCUUAAAACAAGCAAGUGAUACGUCAACAUGAAGGGUGCUACGCCUGAGUUGCUUUCCCUGCUCCAAAGAAGACCAGCAAAUAUACGCAACAUCUGCAUUUUGGCACAUGUAGAUCAUGGUAAGACCACUCUUGCAGAUGCUCUUGUGGCCAGCAAUGGAAUCAUAUCUCAGAGAAUGGCAGGAAAGCUUCGUUACAUGGACAGUCGAGAGGAUGAACAGCUGCGGGGAAUCACAAUGAAAUCCAGCGCUAUUUCCUUGAUCUAUAAUCAAAAUAAGGAGGAGUACCUAGUGAACCUGAUUGACUCCCCGGGGCAUGUGGACUUCUCCAGUGAGGUGUCAACCGCAGUACGCCUGUGUGAGGGCGCCAUCGUUGUGGUAGAUGUGGUGGAGAGGGUGUGUCCUCAGACCCAUGCAGUUCUGCGGCAGGCUUUUCUGGAGAAUAUUAAACCUGUGCUGGUGCUGAACAAGAUAGACCGGCUGAUAGUGGAGCUCAAGAUGGAGCCGAUGGAGGCCUUCUAUCAUCUCCAGCAGAUCCUAGAGCAGGUGAACUUGGUAACAAAUGAACUGUUUACUGUGGAAGCCAUGGAGAAAUCUGCAGAGGAUGUUGUUGAUGAGAACGGCGACAUAUCACAGAUCAAUGAAUGGACCAACUUGGAGGAUGAAGAUAGCAGGAAUAUUUACUUCUCCCCAGAUCAGGGAAAUGUGAUAUUUGCCAGUGCCUAUGAUGGGUGGGGUUUUAGUAUAACAGACUUUGCUGUGUUGUAUGCCAGUAAGCUUGGGAUAAACCAGGAAAUGUUACAGAGAACAUUGUGGGGAGAUUUCUUCCUGAACACCAAAACCAAGAGAAUCAUGAAGGGAGCCCAGAGCAAAGCUAAGAAGCCACUGUUUGUUCAAUUUGUUCUAGAAAACUUAUGGUCGGUUUAUGACACCAUAUACAUUAGAAGAGAUAAGGAGAAAACAGAGAAGAUUGUUAGCUCCCUUGGUUUAAAGAUUCUCCCCCGAGACAUGCGGCACUCGGAUGGGCGUGUCCAGUUACAGGCCAUCUGUAGUCAAUGGUUACCAGUUUCAAAUGCUGUUCUUAGCGUAGUGGUCCGGAAGCUUCCCUCCCCCUUGUCUUUGUCUGAGGAGAGAGUGGAGAAACUGAUGUGUUCACAGAUGAGGAAGUUUGACUCGCUGCCACCAGAAACCCAGAAUCUCAAACAGUCUUUCCUCCAUUGUUCUGCUACAGAGGAUUCCCCUGUCAUUGUGUUUGUGUCCAAAAUGUUACCAGUGGACAAGAAAAUGUUGCCACAAAACAGACAGAGACCUCUGACCGAGGCUGAGAUUGCUUUGAGGAGACAGAAAGCCAAGGAGAGACUGGCAGAGAAAGCAGCAUCAAGAGCCCAGGGGGAGAGAACUGAGGCAACAACUCCACUGGAGGAGACCACAGAAGUUCCCCUCCCUGAAAAUGACACAGAAAAUAAGGAGGAGUCAGAUUUUGUGUUUGUUGCCUUUGCCAGAGUGUUCAGUGGAAUAGUAAGAAAAGGACAGAAACUGUAUGUUUUGGGACCCAAGCACGACCCAUCUCAGGUGUUGAAGAAACUCCAGAGUGGUGAAGAAAUCAAAGCGGUGAGCAGUAUUCAGGACUUGUCACAUGAUGAUCAUGUGACCAGUGUCAGCAUCAAAGAUCUUUUUGUGUUUAUGGGGAGGGAACUAGAGGAAAUGGAUUAUAUCCCUGCAGGGAAUAUACUAGGGAUUGGAGGUCUAGAGAACCACAUCCUGAAGUCAGCCACAGUAUCCAGCUCUCUGAUGUGUACUGCCUUCUGUGAUCUGUACUUUGACGCUGCCCCUAUAGUCAGAGUGGCCAUUGAACCCAGUCACACACGAGACAUGCAGAAACUUGUAGAGGGACUGAGACUGCUGAACCAGGCCGACCCUUGUGUACAUGUUCUGGUUCAGGAGACGGGUGAACACGUGAUCAUCACCGCGGGAGAGGUUCAUCUCCAGAGAUGUGUGGACGACCUCAAACAAAGGUAUGCCAAGAUAGACAUCAAUGUAUCCUCGCCCAUUGUCCCGUUUAGAGAGACCAUCGUACCUCCACCUAAAGUUGACAUGGUGAACGAAGCCAUCUCAGAGCAGCGUCAGGUCGCCAAGAAAGAUUCCGAGGACGAGGAGGUGAUAGAGCCAGGGUUAGUAGAGGUGUCCACCAUCAACGGGAGGUGUACCCUUAGGAUCAGGGCCGUCCCUCUCCCAGAGGACGUCACCAAACUCCUGGAGGAGAACCAGAGCCUGAUAAAGACCAUGGGGCAGAUCUCAAAGUCCCAGUGUAAGGGCAGGGAGGGUGUGGAGGAAAUACAGCAGACUGUGGUAGCAGCCAUCAACGAGUUCAAGACUCAGCUCACUAAGGCAUUCAAAGAUAGUGGAAAAAUGUGGAUAGGAGCUGAGAACCAGAUGUGGUCAUUUGGUCCAAAGAGAGUAGGACCGAACAUACUGCUCAAUCGUGUGAAUCAGUACGAUAGGCCCAAUGUGUGGAACUGUGUGGAAACUAAACAGCAGGAACUGAAGCUGAGACAGUAUGAUAACAGUAUAAUCAGUGGGUUUCAAAUAGCCACGCUAGCUGGACCCCUGUGUGAGGAGCCCCUAAGAGGGGUCUGCUUUAUUAUAGAGAAGUGGGAAUAUGUGAGGAGCAGUCACUCAAUAUCAUACGAUGAGGAAGUUCAAAAGGGGGAGGACUCUGCAUCAAAAUCCUGUAAUAAAACUGAAUCUGUGAGUCAAAAUGAAGCUGUGACUUCUGUCAAUGGGGGUGAAAGUGGGAAAGGGGAGGGCAGUGAGAGCGAGUCCUCAGACAGCGAGACUGAGCCUUUGGUUCAGCGACCACGGGAGGGGCACAGUCACAUGUCUGGUCAGCUGAUCUACUGUGUGAAGGAGGGCUGUCGUAAGGUAUUCCAGACCCAACCCCAGAGGCUAAUGGCAGCCAUGUACAAAUGUAACAUACAAUGCACGGCUGAGGUCUUAGGAAAACUUUGCGGUGUUCUGGGUAAGAGGUUUGGGAGAGUGAUAGAGGAUACAAUGAAAGAAGGAUCUCAGAUAUUUAACAUCAAGGCUGUGCUGCCGGUGGUCGAGAGCUUCGGGUUCGCCGAGGACGUGAGGAAGAAAACUAGUGGCCUGGCAAGUCCUCAGCUAGUGUUCAGUCACUGGGAGGUGAUUGAUGUUGACCCGUUUUGGGUCCCCACGACAGAGGAAGAAUACACUCAUUUUGGGGAGAAGGCAGACUCUGAUAACCGGGCGCGGCAGUACAUGAACCAAGUACGCAAACGGAAAGGACUCAAAGUAGAUGAGAAAAUAGUAGAGCAUGCUGAAAAGCAAAGAACACUCACGAAAAUGAAAUAACGUUGUUGUGUUUAGGAAAAUCUAUAAUGUCUGUUAUGUCUAUUUGAAUAAAUUAUUUGAUGAA